AUGUCGAGCCCUAGCAAUCAAGAAGAAAGUGCGAUUCCGACCUUGCCUCGGGGUAAAGCCUGUGGCAACUGCAGGCAUGUUGUUCCGUCUUUCACUUCAGGUGGAUGCUUACCAGGCUACCCAAUGCCUAGGAGGCGUAAAGUAAAAUGCGACGGCGCGAAACCUAUCUGUGGUGCUUGCAGCCGGUCACUAGGUACCUUCUCCGACUGCGAAUACGCAGAAGCGGGCCGCUCUCAGACCCAGAUCAUGGAAGAGACCAUCGCCCUGAUCGAAAGCCGCAUCCGCGAGCUCGAAAGCCCGGAAUCCCCAAACCACUCAGUCACGUUGCAGAACCCAUACCCGCUUGCAGGUCUCUCUACGUCCGCUGUAUCAUCAGGCAUGAAUAUAAAUAUGGACAUGUUUCUGGGUAGUGUGGCAUGGGCCCAGCCACCGGCAUACGACGCGGUGAGUGGCGUUGCCCUCCCAUCCCCGAUUCCGGCUUCGAUGGGUCCGAACGAGCCGAGAGGUGUAAGCUGCGUCGGUCUUCGGCAGGAGGAACCACCUGCAGCCAUUAUGCAAGCCCUGGCUCAUACUUUCGCCCACCACUCCACAGAGAUAGGUGGCUUCUUGGAUACUGCAAGACUCCUCGAGGCAGUGGAUCAUCCUGACGCCGACGCGCGACCGAUACCCGCUCUCAUGGUGGCCGUAUAUCUUUGGGGCAUUCGCCUGUCCGACUCUGCAGAAUUCAACGACUACGAGGGACUUUACCUGUCACGCGCCGUCGAUCAAGCCGCUCAAUCCCUCCCACUGGACCGUCCUCGCAAAGUCCUCCAGAAGAUCCAAGCCGAGAUCCUUCUCGCAUAUUACUUCUUCAGCAAAGGACGCAACAUUGAAGGGAGGUACCACACUAGUAUGGCAGUGGGCCUCGUCCUUGGCUCGCAGCUGCAUAAAUACGGUGGCUCGGAGCAAGGUGAAGGAAUAUGUGCCACUAUCUGGACACCAACGAUGGAUCCGAUUGAACAUGGAGAGCGAAUCGAUGUUGUAUGGGCUGCGGUCGUUCUUACAAAUACCUGGACAGCCGCGCUGGUUGCCCCAUCCGACAUUCCUUUCAAUUCGCCUGGGUUUACGAUCGAUACACCAUGGCCUUCGGAUACGUAUGGGGAUAUAGCUUUGCAGCCUAUUCCUCUGUCCGAAGGGACGAUCCAGAAGUUCCUGCGCGAGCCGGCCGCUGCAGAAGGCAGGUCAAACAAAGCAUUCCUUGCCAAGGCCGCUGUGCUUCUGGAGCGAGCGUCCUACCUUCACUCGCAGUACCGCCCAGAUGCACCGGAGAACGAAGCCGCUGGCCUGAAGAACGGCAUCCCUAUCUUGGACAACGUUAUUGGGGGAUAUCUUGCAUCCGGACUUCCGAGAUUAGAUCAAGCGUUCAACCCAAGCGACAGGAUGAAUAUCACGCUAGCACACACGAUUAUACACGCCGCUCGUAUUAAGCUUCAGCGCACCCGCGUUCUCGGGUGCGACGUUGCUUCGAGGAAGAAAGUUCUGCAGGCUGCGGAAGGGAUGCUCGAGGUUAUUAACCAAAGCCGCGUACAAGACGCCGAGUUCGUAAAUCCUAUCUUCGGGCACCUGUGGACGAUUUGCGCCUUGGCGUACAUCUCCGAGAUAGGACGAAUGCGUUCUGGCGACUCAGUGGCUGAUGUUACCGAAAAUCAUCUUCUACAAAACGUCGAUAAGCUCGUUCAGCUUGUGGGGAAGUUCGCUGAUAGAUUCUGCUGGAAAGGCUUGCUGGAAACAAUUGAAGUAGAAAGGGCUCAUCUCACAGUUUAG